UGAGUGGUCGGAUCGAGGUGGUCUUUGUUUUUCCUGGUAGAAGAAGAAGGAAAAAAAAGAAAAGAGAGAAGCGAGCAGGAGUGGACUGAUGCUGCGUCGAGGGUAAACACCAGAAAUGGGUGUCAUCGAACCGAGGCUUCCAAUCCCGGCUCGAUCUUGGACCAGAUUCCUCUUAUGAUUGAACAUCAUCCAUCUACAAGUUGCUCCACUGAGCAGGCUUCAGUCAAGCAAACAAAUGGUCCAAUCAAUAGCCACUGGACAGAGUCUGCCUUAGGGAGGAUAUCAAUAACACACUAAUACGCUCCACACACACACUCACAUAUAAAUAUAUAUAUAUAAAUACAGGCCAUGGCGUUGGAGAAUUCAGUCUUCCCCUCUCGUCCGGACUCCCUCUCGCUGCCGGUGGGGGAGAAGGGGGACGGAGAAGAGGUGGAGGUGGCCACCGAGGCCCACACGGGGGUCUUCAACGUGUCCGAGGAGCUGGGCCACGUCGUCACCACGGAGACGACACCAUCCCCUCCCGCCUCGGCAAAGGUCAACAGGUCAUUCCAGUCCAAGCUGGCCGAGCGAGAGGCCAACGCCAACCAGCGACGGAAGAAGACCCCAGGGACGGAGAAGGAGAGGGGACGCUUCGGCUGGGCCCGGACUCGGCGUAAGAGGCAACGCUACGUGGAGAAAAACGGCCGCUGCAAUGUGCAGCAUGGGAACAUGCGGGAGACGUACCGCUACCUGACCGACAUCUUCACCACGCUGGUCGACCUCAACUGGCGUUGCUCGCUCUUCGUCUUCGUCAUGGCCUACGCCGUCACAUGGCUCUUCUUCGGGGCCAUCUGGUACCUCAUAGCCUAUUGUAGGGGAGAUCUGGACCAUCUGGAGGAUGAGACGUGGACGCCGUGCGUCAACAAUGUCAACGGUUUCAUCUCGGCCUUCCUCUUCUCCAUCGAGACGGAGACCACGAUUGGCUACGGCCACCGCGUCAUCACCGACCAGUGCCCAGUGGGCACCAUGCUGCUGCUGCUGCAAGCUAUACUGGGAUCAAUGGUCAAUGCUUUCAUGGUCGGCUGCAUGUUCGUAAAGAUCUCGCAGCCCAACAAGCGAGCCGAGACUCUGGUGUUCUCCAAACAUGCCGUCAUCUCUCUGAGAGACGACAAGCUCUGUCUGAUGUUCAGGGUGGGCGACCUUCGGAGUUCCCACAUCGUAGGAGCCAACAUGAGGGCCAAGCUCAUCAAGUCAAAGCAGACUCAAGAGGGUGAGUUCAUCCCUCUGGACCAGACAGACAUCAGCGUGGGCUUCGAGACAGGCGACGAUCGCCUCUUCCUGGUCUCGCCGCUGGUGAUCUCCCACGAGAUCGAUGCUCGCUCGGCCUUCUGGGACAUGUCGCAGGCCCAGCUGGAGAAGGAGGACUUUGAGAUCGUGGUCAUCCUGGAGGGAAUGGUGGAGGCGACCGGGAUGACGUGCCAGGCAAGGAGCUCGUACCUGGCCGAGGAGGUGUUGUGGGGCCACAGGUUCAGCCCCAUGAUGUCGCUGGCAGAGGGGUUCUUUGAUGUCGACUAUGGAGCCUUUCACCACACGUUUGAGGUGGACACGCCCUCCUGCUCAGCUCGAGAGCUCUCAUUGGCUGCAGCCAGACUCGACGCUCACCUCUACUGGUCCAUCUCCAGCCGACUGGAUGAAGAGCCCACAUUGGCUAACCAGGCUGCGAAGCAGCCGGACAGCGGCUCGGCCAACAGCAAAGCAGGGGAGCCGACCUUCAUCGUCGGGGAGAUGACCGACAUCCAGGAGCAAUCAGGACUGGCCGAGCUGAACGGCAGCGUCGCCACCGACCAAUCCGAAUCAGAGGCCUAGGACAGAGAAUGUUUACAAAGACCUUCAGUAUAUCACCACCACAUCACAGUUACUGUUAGCAGACCUUUUCUUUCCAAGCAAAUUAGUAGAUCCACUAGGCUCAGUUUUGCAGUAUAUGCCACAUCCUACGUUGCCAUACAAGAGUUUAUUUCUUGAUAUUCUGUCUUUUCUUUGUAUGUUUAUCUUUGUUACAAGUGUACUGUAUGUGUGCUAUCUCUUUUCGAUUUGUUGUGUUAGCUAUCACCCUUGCCUAUAUCUACAUUUAAAUGACUAAUACUAUGCUUUUGGUGGGGUCAACAGCCGCAUAUCCUGUGGACCAAUGCAGAAUGUCAGACAGAUGAAGGUUAUUUGUCUUGUUGGGCAAACAGACAAUGAGGUCAUUGUGUGUGCAGAGUGAAGCAUAUGGAUUUUUUGAGUUAAAAUAGGUACAGUGCAUAGAUAGUUUGUUUUCACCUGCACACUACUAGAUGAUAACGAAGCAUGGACUGAAACGGUAGUAACCUUGAAUUUCUAAGGAACUGGACUUGUCUUUUAUGUUUCAAGAACCUCAAAGAGAAGUCCGGUUGCUUUUUACUAGGAUCCACAUGAGCUGGAUGACUACACAGACAUAUAACCUUGAAUAUCUUUAGAUGCAACGAUUGUUUUCAGUUUUAUCGUCUGAAUCUGGUAUAUUUGUCUGCUCUGUAAGAAACUUCAUUUGGCAACAACACAUCAUUUGGUGCUAGAAAAAACAUCUGGAGACCCAUUUGGCUGACAAAAUUUGUGGACUUCACAGCUGGAUCCCUGCCCUGAAAGUCAACACUUUCCUUUAUUCAGGAGGCACAAAGUAUGAUGUUUGUUAUUAACGCUGAUAUGAAUUUCCCGGCAUUCCUUACUGCACUCAACAUAAGGCGUGUGUAGCACAAGGGUUGUGUGCAUCUUUUGUCCCCAGCCAAGUAGAAACUAAAAGCACAACAGUGUCCUGCUCAGUUCAGCCCAAACUCCUGCUUCUGCUGCUGUGUAUAUAUAUGUUGCCAUUUUUACUUGAUGUUUUUAAUAUUUAAUAUAAUAACACAUCAAUUAGAAUUAAUAAACUACAAUAUAUUCCAGA